GGAGAAGAAAAAAAAUGAUUUGAGCGACUCGUUGCGGGCUCUCUCCCUAUUGCCAGCUCAGAGGGGUGGGGCAGAAAUGAAGAUGAGAGCAUUAGGGGAUGUAACAUAUCUAAAGAGGUUCUUCCCCCUUUCCCUUUUCUAUUCAAGUCUGAUAGAUGGCAGUGCCUUCAAUAUUCUGAAGCUAGCCAGUCAGUCUGACUCUGGCAACCUGGGAUGUAGAGCUGGAUGGUCCUGGAGAUGAACUGGGUCUUUUUUUUUACCUCAGAGACUUUUGCAGACUUUAGUUUAUUGAAUGAGGGGCAGAUAUUUCCCCACUGAGGAACUCAGAGACAUCAGAAAAAAGCCUUCACCGGUGGCCACAGGGACCCAGCCAAAAGCCCACUGGAGGAGCAGGCAGGCCAGGCCACAGUGAACCUUUGCUCAUGGUCUAGCGAUGGACAGUUGGACUCUCCAGAGGGACAGCUACUCUCUCCUGCGUGGCGCGCCCAGCACAUUUUCCCUGUGUCAUCGUGAGGGUACCCCUAACCACGUUGAACUCUUUGACAUCAUCAACAUCCCCACCCAACGCAGCGUCAUCUCCGAGACCACCUGCCUGUGUGACAUUUUUGGGGACGACGGCGAGUCGGCGUCCCUGUCCAGCAGCCCCGCUGUGGUUCCCUUUGCCCCCUCCCAGACAGAGGUGGAGGGCAGAGCUGCUGCAUCGCCUCAGGUGGACGAUCUGAACGAUUCUUCCGGCAGCUACCACACAGCGCCCGGGUCGAGCGAGGGAGAGGAGAGUUUUGAUAAUUCAAGAGAAAGGUAUUACAGCCCCGUUUGGCAAAAAGAGUCUCCAGAUGGGAGGCAAGCAGGUGAAGCAGGACUAAACUCGGAACAUCCACAAGUGGCGGGGGAUAGCAUUUCAAGUUUUGAACAAAGAAACACAACCCCAGCCCUUCUGUAUGAAAGAAGUCCCCCCUCACCAGUCACCCGAUCAUCUCAAGGCCUUAACAGCAGUGGGACGACACCUUCCCCUGGAUAUAACAGCCCCAGUACCUUCAAACCAGACGGAAGCUUGUCAUCGUUGUCCUCUUCCCCAGCUGAGAAAAGGCUUUCAUCUCUAUCACCUGACAUUCAGGAAGCAGACACAAAAAUUGAACCAAGGACAAUAACUCCUUCAUUUAAAGACAGACAGAGCAGUCCCUCAAUUCAGUCUUUAAGUCCAUCGCUCCCACAAGACUUAUUUGAGCCGGGGGACAGUCAUUUAAACCGAGGCAGCAGUUUGUCUCCUGGAAUAUACUGCUCUCAUGAUUUUACAGACAUUAAAUCCACAACUGCCUUUUCAUCUUCCAUACCCCAUAGUGUAGAUUCAGAAUCUCCCUCAGAGGGGCGGCUAGUCUCCCCAGAGCUCAGAAAUAGUUCUCCUUCCCCCACCGCUCGAGCAUUAUCCCCUUCCUCUGAGCUAAGAGGGAGGGUUUCUGUACCUGAUCUCUUUAGCAGGGGGUCUACACCUGAUAUAAAAGAUUCUGCAGACUCCACUGAACUUAUUUCAGAUCUUUCUAUUGCUAGACGAGACACUUCAACCACUCCUCAGAGCCAGGACACAGGGUUAUCAACUGGACCAGGCAGCUCUGUUUCCACGCCAGGCCCUCGGUAUACGCCCCCUUCUCCAGUCAUUUCUGCAGCCACGUCUCCUGAGCUUGUCGAGGAUACAGUUUCAGCUGGAAUAAGGAACUCAAGAACCUCUCCUCGCUUGCUUAGUCCUGCCUUUCCAACCAACGCAGAGUCGAGAAGUCCGCCGCUUACUCCCUCACCUACAGUACAAAACAAUCUAACGCUUUCUGAGAUCAGGAGUCAGGCUUCUUCACUUGGGGAUAGUAAUAGUUUAUCUCCAUUACCUGGGGUGCAGCAGAGCAGCUCACCUCUGGAGGAGAGAUACACGUCCCUGUCACCUGAAAUAAGGAUUGUGUCCUCCUCUCCAGAGCUCAGUAGGAAAGAGCAACGCUCUCAAGCAACUCCAUCGCCUGGACUGCAGCAGUGCGGCUCAUCUUUGGAGGAAAGACACACCGCUCCAUCCCCUGAGAUAGAAAUUGUUGCGCCUUCUCCGGACCUCCUUAGUAGAGGGCAGCCCUCUCAAGUGAUAGCAGUUUCAGAGUCUCCUCUCCUGGAGCCACACUUUGGCUCUGCCUCACCAAGAAGCUUCACUUCCUCUCCUCAUAUUACAGGAGUCUCCUAUUCUGUUGUUCAGCCCGAGGAAACGGCCAGUCCCACAUUACCUGAACUUUCUGACAUCUCCUCCCAAGAGCCAAACGAGUUUCUUGCAUAUUCUGAAUUUGACAAAGAGAGUGUAGACACCAGCGUCGCAGAGUCGACUGGUAGCCAAAGAAACUCGCCCCAUUUAUCAGACUUCCGAAGUUCUGCCUCACCAGCUCGGCCCAUAAACCAAACAUCCUCUCCUCGGCCAAACUAUCUACCUUCACCUGAACCAAGACACCAAAUUCCUUCACCAGUGUUUCAAAGCCCUCUGUCUCAGCAUCAGCAUCCAUCACCUGAAGCUCCAUUUCUAGAGCCGAGAUACCAGCAAUCACCAGCAGCUCCUUCUCCAGAAUUGAACCCUGAGCGUACUGAACCCGUUCCUCUGGGAGGCACGUCUGACAUUCAGACAGAUACCAAUACUGCAGCGAUCACAGAAACACCAUCAGCACAUCUGGCAAAGGAAGCUGUGUCGCCGUCAUUUCAAUCAGAGAGGAGGGAGGAAACAGACGCUGCCGAAUCAAAAAGCAGCUCAUCAGUGGUGGACAUUUGCUCGCCGACAUCUGCCUCGUCAGAUAAAAAAACACACGACUCACAGGCACAACUCAUCGCAGAAAGGGAAGGAACAAAGCAGGAAGAAUACAGUCAAGAAACAUCACGUGUGGCCAACUCCACUCAAGAAAAACACAACACUCAAACCCCUUUUUCUGGGGAAGAAGAACUGAAGGCUCCUCAUCGUGAUAUAACAAGCCACAGAGCUCCAUCUGAGGAACCUGUGCAAACACAGGAAAGCCUCCAUCCUCUGGUCCCCUCCCACGCCCUGAAUUGUGACAGCGAUAUUGAUCCACAGAGUUGGACUAGCAGACCUCAAAACCUAAGAAGACAGCUGUCACCCAAAGUUAUACAAGACAACAGAGAGAGGCUGGCAGGGGACAUGUCCCGUCAUGUAAACAGGCGGCGCACUCCUUCCCCACCUCUCACCAGGUUUACGCCUGUGCACAUCAUAGCCCCUCAGAAACCACACAGAAAGUGGCAGAACAGAAGCAAUAGCCCUUCUCAGGCUUCAGCAUCCUCUCUGAGUGGUAAUUCAAAGGAAGCAAUUACAAAUAGGGAAAGCCCCAAUGUUGACCCUGUCGACAAUAAUAGCCAGGCCCAUUGGGGCAGGAUUGGAAAGCAACUGGAGAUGGACAGGGAAAUGCCGCUGGAGCAGGAGAGGGAUGUAGGUAUGGGGAGGCAAAUGGAUAGGGAGGUAGACAGCGAGAGAAAGAGGGAGGAGCCGGCUCCUGAAAGAGGGGAGGGGUGGCAGGGAGUGGAGAGUUACAGAGGGGAACAGGUUGAGCUGUCAUUCAAUGCCAGGAAUAGAAAAGGACCUGUUAGUCGCAGUGCAGCUCCCACAACCAGAGAGACCCGCCAGGGACUGCCAACAGCACAUUCUUAUCCAGAGAGUCUCCGUGCGACCAGACAGCUACAGGAACAACAGAGUCUGCUUAAACUUGCACCCCUGCCAGACGCCAGUGGUUUCAGCGGCAGCAGAAGACUCAAACCUCCCACGUCCCGGGAAAAGAGAAGCGCGCCUCGACGCGCGGCCACCAGCAGGCCGUGUCAGAGCUCCAGCUCCAGUAUGGGGAGCGAACUUGAUGAAGCAGACCACGAGGUGAAGUGGCUCACAGAUGUGGCUUUCCGCAGCCUGUCAAGCCCCGAAGUAGAUUACCUUGAAAUGUACAACUCCAGCCACUGUUCGUCUACAAACAUUUCUCAGCCAUCUACCCAUGACAGCCCAGCUGGGGUCAAUGCGGCCUGGCUGUCCUACGCUGACUUCAGAGGUUCAGCGCCAAAGCUCGACCUGGCUGAACUCUCCUCCCACCAGCCGUUUUCUCACAGUUUAGAUGCCCUGGAUCCGUCCAGGAGAUAUGAGUUAGGGAGCUUUGAAUGCAUAGACGUAGCUCUGGAAAGAGAGGACUGCAGGAAGGCGAGAAGAGGAGUGCCAAAAAGACAGAUCCAGCUGAAGAGACGGAGUAACACAGAAGGGAGGCAGGAUGAGAGCAGUGAAAAUAGCAGCCCUGGGUUACCAGUGAUGGCGGAAAGCCCCUCUCAAGAGGCUCAUCCAAGAGGCCCCUUUGUGAGACAACACAGUACGCCAGCAGCAAUGCAAGAAACUCCCCUUUCUGAGAGCAGCUAUGAGCUCUCACGGCAAAAAGAAAGACAGGCCAAAUUCCAGAAAUCUGCCUCUAUGGAUGAAACGUGCUCUAAAACCAAGAUCGCUUCAUGCCUCAUCAAGAGCGUGUUGUCAAAGAAGAUGCAAGACGUUGACAGGCAGCCUGAUGAGCAAGCAAGAGAGGAAGUGAGCCCAGCAACAGAGAGCGCUCCGUCUGAAGAGUCACCAAAGGUUGACUCCAGUAAUCUCAGUUCCAGUCUUCCGUCAGAUCACGGCCUCUCCUUUGAGGGACUUUCGUUGAGCGGAGAACCCGGCGCCAAGGAUCAAGCCCCACAGCCGAAGGACCACAGAGUAAAGUCCAGCUAUAGGCCGAGUUCAUCCAGCAGCAGCAGAAGUGUCACCUUUUCCCAGAGUGACAACGAAGAAGCUGCUUCCCAAACUAGAAGUGCCAAACUAUCAGCUUCAGAGAUGAAAUCUGAAUUCAAUAAACCUUCUGAAAGCACACGAGGUGGUUUGCAGCGCUGGAAAACACACGACAGGGUGGUGGGUGAAUCAGAAAAAGCUCCUGCAUGGGACACAGGACCUCCCACGGCACGUGCUGCCAGCAACGUGCCGGCAAGAGUGACAAACCCAGACCAAGAAUGUGAAAACAAACAGCAAAGUAGACAGCUGCUGCAGGCAGACGAAGAUGCCUAUACAUCUAAAACACAGGAGAUCAAACUCAAAGCAGUGGAAAAGAAGAAGGCCUCACUUAAUGUCUGUCUCACACCGGAGGCAGAAACCAAAUCCUUUCCGCCAGAUGCGUCUGCCGGCGAGAAGGAACAAGAGACAGAGGCUGAAGCAAAAGACAAAAUGCAGGAUGAAGGGCACGAGGACAACAGAGCUAAGGCUCCAAUUCACAAGGUUAGAGAUGUAAGGCGGCUCAUAAAAAAUACAUACAACCUGUCCUUCAAGGCAGUUAGCCCUGUUGACCCAUCAGACGUCAAAAAAGACAAUUGCAAUAACGAAACGAGGGAGGAGGUGUACGAAUUGGAGGCAAGGAACGUAUUGCAGGAGGCAAGCAAAGAAGAGAGGAGAGAGGAAAGAUUAGAAGAGUUCAGUGUGGCGAGAACACGUGAAUCACAAGAGGAGGCAAACGAUUCAAAGACUCCCCCUUUACUUCAUUCACCUCAGAACAAAGCAAACCCUCCAUCUGGUCCACAGCCGAUGCAAAUCGAAUGCAAGGCGGUCUGCUGGAAAGAUGACAGACGUAAAACAUCAAGCAUCAAGAAAGACUUGGGUGAUAAACCCCAGGCCUCUUCAGUGUCUUCCACAGGUGCAAAGGCAAUAGCAAGCCCACCGGAACGCCCCAUGGGAGAAAAGAGAAUCCAAAAGCUCGAUGAACCUGAUAUGAGCAGCUUAGCAGAGAAAAAACAGAUAGUGACAGAAAUACCCAAAGUGUCAGAGACUGAGGACAGGCCCACGCUGGCUAGGACAGAGCCAACAAAAGCCAUGCUCGGAAGCCUCCCUAGACUGCCAAGUAAGGAGAGAGAGGUGUCCACCGCUGUCGUUUUGAUAAGAGAGAGGUCAAAUAAAUCCACCAGGCCUGCGUCUUUAACGUGUGAGGAAACCUCUGCCCAGAUCAAAGCUCCCGUUUCUCUCUCCCCAGGGCCCUCUGCUUCUGGUGGUGGUGGAGGCCACUCGGUUUCAAUGCUUUUAAAGGAGAAAGGUUAUCAAGCUGACAUUGGAGCAGUGGUGGGUGACAGUCAGAAUGUCGGUGGAGGUAAAGAGGCUCCUUGCAAGCAUGUGAACUCUCUGGAGAUCCCUCUUCAAACCAUCCCUCCGUCGGAACGAGGUUUUCCCGAGUCUCAAAGGGGGAGAACGUUCUCCUCCUCAUCCACCACCUCUGGCCACUCUGCAGGGACUGAAAGCGUAGACGUCCACCAAAAGCCCGUAGAGGAGGAGGGAGUCAGCAUCAAGCCUCCAAAGAAAGAUUCUGAAAUGAAAAGAAUGGACACGCAGGAUCAAACCCCAUUAUCCGCCAAACAAAAAGACACCUUGGGAGAUUUUGAAGCAGUCAAAAGACUAGAUCCUACCUUCCCCCCCAGGUCCCCAGCUAUAAGGAGAUUCAAACCACCGCCAGGGGAGACCAGGUCGCCAUCAAAAGACACAGAGAAAAAAGAUACCCUGACAUCAUCUUUGGGAAACCACAGACCUCAAAUGAUCGAAGUGAAAUCCAUAGCUAAAAACGCUCAAAAACCAGCAGUGCCUCCGAAACCAAACUGCAAAUUCAAGCCCGGGGAUUUAGGAAACGUGGAAAACGAAGCGCAAAGAACAUCGGCGGCCUCGUCCACUGGGAGACAGCGAAGUGAAGAGAGGCCUCAAACGAUUGUGGUGAGUUCGCCCACCGUUUACAGGAAGAUUUCCAGCGAGGCCGUCUCAGCGUCCAACUAUUCGAGAAAGCUGUCCGUGUCUGCCGUGUCGAGCCUCAAACCUCCACCUCACAGGACGACGGCAGCCACUGCCUCCAGCGUCUCCAACGCGUCAAAAGCGUCUUCGGACACAGAGGCUGCUGCGAACAGAGGUCAGCGCCAGCAACCCUCUGCUUCCCCUCAGAGCUCCGAGAAUGCACAGAAACCUGGAUCCCUAACUAGAACCUUCGAUUUAGGGGAAGCCUCACAACCUCUUUCAGAGCCCAAUCCGAACCAAAACAUCGAACCUACCCAAUCUUCGACGGAUCCAGACGGCCGACUGCAGUGUUCCGAGGCAACGUGUGCUCAUGAGCAAACCAGGCCCGUCCCUCCCAACGCCGUAAAACAGCCGCCUGCUGAUUCCACAACACAGAGGUACACGUAUCAACCCUACAGCCGAGCAGGCUCCAGUGAGUAUGCCCAGAGGAUGGAUGAGCAGCACUGUUACGCCUCAGAUGACCCUCCUAGCUACGAUGAAAGAGAGAGCUUCAGUCCGCUCUUGCUCCCCAAUUUGACAUCAGUGAGAUCAAAUCAGUAUCAGGCCGCCUCCCGACCUCCUCCCUGUUCCUGCACAGCUGGCUACCCCUCUCCAUGCGGUCCCACCCCUCCUCACAACCUCACCCCACCUGGCCAGCCACACUCUCCGGGCCACGCUUUACCUUAUCAAGUGGCUCCGCCCCCUCUCCACCCCCACCACUGUAGAGCUGAACCUCAGCUUGGGUAUCAGCCACGCUCUCCCAAAUCAAGCCCCCUUGGUCCAAACCCUCCGCCAUCCAUGUACCAGUCUCUCCAUCACUCGGCCGCCUGCGCCUCUCAUCCCUCACUCAUGCCGGCCUGCCCCGCUGAGCGCUCACUGCCGCCACAGCAGCAUAUUGGACCUCGGCGGCCUCCGGUUCACAGAUCUCCCCAUCAGCAGCCUCCCAGCCUAAUUGGGGCUCCUUACAGCGAUCCAGGCCACAGCCACUCUCCUGGCAUACCUCCUAUGGACCCUCAGUAUCUAUGCGGCCCCCAAAGCAUGGGGCCCUCCUAUGGUUCAGAAUAUGGUGGCGACAGCUCUAGUGUGUACUCGGAAAGUAGCUAUGGACAGCCGCCACGCAGGGUUCUUCUGGAUCCUGAAACAGGGAAGUAUUUUUACAUUGAGGUGCCCGUGCAGCCCCUUAGGAAAAUGCUGUUUGACCCAGAGACCGGCCAGUAUGUGGAGGUUCUCAUCCCGCAGCAAGCAAUGUCACAUUCAGGCUUAUACCCUCCUGCUGCAGCCCCCUACCCACCUCUCCACAAUCCCAACAUGUACGCCCCGGCUCCUCAGUACAUGCCCUGUGCCGCUCCUCCUCCGUUAGCCCACCCGCAGGCUCAGCCGCAACCACCCCAAUACCCUGAGGCCACUGCUGCACCUCCAAUGCAUCCAGGCGGGCCUGGGGUCAACUACAGGAAUCCUUCAGGACAGGGAUCCAAGCCAGAGCCCAAAAACCCCCCACCAUUGGACCAAAGGUACUUGGAGAAUAUGUAUUAUGUAUCAAGCAUGAUAAAUGCAAGCCCAAAUACCACCCCACCUGAUUAUUACCACAGACAUCUUUCUAACUUACCCCCGACUGGGGGGAAAAGGUCCUGAAAUAGAGGGCAGAGGCCGCCUUCCUGGAGCCUGGAGAGUUUAAAAUACACUGUGUAUAAAUGGGGUGUCCAAUGUUAGUCUGUGAUGUUAUUUGAGUGUUAACGUUGGAACUGAAGAAAGCAAUUCUUUGCUGUUGUUUAUUUGCUGAUGCUGCUAUGCUUUUUGCUGAGCUGCUUUUACAAAAAAGAUUUUUAGGUUGGUGGCUUUGAAAAGACAUGUGUGUGGGCCUUUUGUAUGAGUGGUUCUGUAGAGUAUUACCUAAUCUUUUAUAUGUAGGACAGUGAAAGCGAUGCACAGGAGCAAAAACAUGUUACUGGUUUGUCAAAGUGUUUUUCCUCUGUAAAUGUCCACAGAAACUUGAAAAUGCUAUUUGAAAAGACCUCAUAUUUAUUUUAUUAAUGCAUCGACACAGAUUGACUGAGUUUGUGCACACGAUGUCUGCAACACAAUGCAAGACUGUCAAUAAAACAUAAAAUAUUAA